UGUGCGUGAGUUAGAGAAAGAUUUAGCGAGAGAACAGAGAAGGAUAGAGCGAGCGAGCGAGGGUAGAAGAGGGGUAGCCAUGGAGGACCCGCCCGCCGACGCCGCCGCAUCCGCAUCCGGCCGCCGCCUGCGCACCCGGGGCGCCGAGGCCGCGGCGCCGGCGCGCUCCGCCGCGCUCGAGCGCAUCCGCGCCAGGCGCGAGGGCGGCGCCCGCGCCGCCGCCGUCCAGGUGAGGAUGGAGGACCCGAUCUACGACACCGUGGCGGAGGAGGACUACGCCGCGCUCGUCGCGCGCCGCCGCAGGGACGCGGGCGCCUUCAUCAUCGACGACGACGGGCUCGGCUACGUCGACGACGGCCGUGAGGAGGACUGGACCCACCGCGCCCUGCCCUCCUCCUCCGACGAGGGGUCCGGCGGCGAGGACGGCGCCGCCCCCCGCAAGCGCAAGCAGCCGCGCCCGCCCCAGGCGAGGCGGCCCCCGCAGCAGUCCGCCGCGGCCGCGUCCCUCUCCGCCGCCGCCGCCAUGAUGGGCAAGCAGCGCCUCUCCUCCAUGUUCACCUCCUCCGUCUUCAAGAAGCCCGGCAGCGACCGCGCGCCCGCCGCGGACAGCAUCGUGGAUGACGUCAUCGCCGAGUUCGCCCCCGACGAGAACGACCGCGAGGAGCGCCGUCGUCGCGUUGGUAGGAUUUCUGCCCCUACGCCGCUGCCUCCACCAGUCGCCCACAUUAAUAAGCCCGUAAAAGCAGCCCUAUACCCUGAAAUGGAGGUUAGAUCGGAUAACAACGGGUUCGAGCCUGAUGUCGUUUCCGACCAUGGAAACGACAUGGAUGUGGAACCAAUUCCAGAGGUGGAACUCAAGCCAGAUGUGGAAAUGCAGCCCAAAUCAGAAGCAACCCAAGGUUCUAGUACUGAAUUGGCAGAUGUCAGUAAGAACUUGGAGGAGCUGAAGCAGGAGGCUAAUGGGGAAGUGAAGGUAGAGAAGGCGCACCGCCUGAAUGCGAAGAUUAAGGCGGAGGGGAGCAUGAACAGGGAUGUAUCGAGUGCGACAGCAGGCUGGAUGAAGAUAUGUGGGGAGGGGGAGAAUGCAGGAGGUGCGGGAGAGGCGGCUGCUGAUGGUAACGUAGAUGUGGAUGAAAGCUCAGAGUUUGAACUCAAGGAUGGAGCACUGCCCUUCUAUAUACUGGAUGCAUAUGAGGAGCCCUUUGGCAUCAAUUCAGGCACAGUGUAUUUGUUUGGGAAGGUGCAAAUAGGCAAGGGGUUCCAUAGUUGCUGUGUGGUUGUAAAAAAUAUGCAAAGGUGCAUAUAUGCAAUCCCAAGCAGUUCAGUUUUUCCAAGGGACGCCAUAUCAAGGACAGAGAAGAACUCUACAAAUUCGGAUGCUUUGCCAUUACUUCGAGCAACCCUACAUGAGUUGGCAUCUGGACUAAAGAGCGAAGUAGCUGAGAAGUUGUCUGACCUCAACAUUUCAAAUUUUGUAAUGACUCCAGUCAAGAGGAACUAUGCAUUUGAGAGGACGGAUAUACCAACCGGUGAGCAGUAUGUCCUGAAAAUCAAUUACCCAUACAAGGAUACGGCGGUACCAUCAGACCUUAGAGGUGAACAUUUCCAUGCGUUACUUGGGACAAACAAUAGUGCUCUUGAGCUGUUUCUCGUCAAAAGGAAGAUCAAGGGUCCUACAUGGCUAUCGAUUUCCAAAUUUGUGACAUGUCCAUCUACACAGCGGGUCAGCUGGUGUAAAUUUGAAGUUACAGUUGAUUGUCCAAAAGACAUUUCUGUUUUGAUGACAAGUGCCGCACUGGAAGUUCCUCCAGCUGUAGUUGCGGCUGUUAAUCUUAAAACAAUCAUAAAUGAGAAACACAAUGUGCAUGAGAUUGUAUCAGCAUCCGUCAUAUGCUGUCACCGGGUGAAAAUUGAUAGUCCAAUGCGCCCUGAAGAUUGGCAGAAACGGGGAAUGAUCAGCCAUUUUACUGUUAUGCGCAAGCUUGAAGGUAGCAUAUUCCCUAUAGGCCUCAACAAGGAAGCUUCUGAUAGGAACCAAAAAGCUGGUAGCAACGUGCUGGCACUAGAAAGCAGUGAACGUGCUUUGUUAAACCGCUUGAUGAUUGAGCUUAGUAAACUUGAUUGCGACGUACUUGUCGGGCACAACAUCUCGGGAUUCGACUUGGAUGUCCUUUUGCACCGUGCUCAGACCUGCAAAGUACCGAGCAGCAUGUGGUCCAAAAUUGGUCGUCUUAGAAGGUCAAUAAUGCCAAGGCUUACCAAAGGAAACACCCUAUAUGGUUCUGGGGCAAGUCCAGGAAUUAUGUCCUGCAUUGCUGGUCGUCUCCUCUGUGACACCUACUUAUGCUCUCGUGAUCUUCUGAAGGAGGUUAGUUAUUCCUUGACACAACUUGCAGAGACACAACUGAAAAAGGACAGAAGGGAGGUUUCUCCGCAUGAUAUACCCCCAAUGUUCCAAUCAUCUGGAACACUUCUAAAGCUGGUUGAAUAUGGCGAGACUGAUGCAUGGCUUUCUUUGGAGCUCAUGUUCCACUUAAGCGUUCUCCCGCUGACACGUCAAUUGACAAAUAUUAGUGGUAAUUUGUGGGGGAAAACUCUCCAGGGUGCUAGAGCUCAGAGGGUAGAAUAUCUACUGUUGCAUUCAUUCCAUGCAAAAAAAUUCAUUGUACCAGAUAAGUUUGCACGCAACAAGGAGGUGAACUCUGCAAAAAGAAAAAUGAAUGCUGAUACUGAAGGUGCAAAUGCUGCUGAUGGUGUUACUGAUCCAUCCGUUGAUGACGAGGUGCAUCAUGGUGAUCAAGGUAAAGCAAGAAAAGGUCCUUCAUAUGCCGGUGGCUUGGUUUUGGAGCCUAAAAAAGGUCUAUAUGACAAGUAUAUUCUACUCCUGGACUUCAACAGUCUUUAUCCUUCCAUAAUUCAGGAAUUCAAUAUCUGCUUCACUACUGUUGAACGGUCUUCUGAUGGCAAUCUUCCUAACUUGCCAACUUCAAAGGCUACUGGUGUUUUGCCUGAGUUGCUGAAGAGCCUGGUCGAGAGGAGAAGAAUGGUUAAAAAGUGGCUCAAGACUGCUUCUGGUCUUAAAAUGCAGCAACUUGAUAUUCAACAGCAAGCUUUAAAGCUUACUGCAAAUAGCAUGUACGGUUGCUUGGGCUUCUCCAAUUCUAGGUUUUUUGCAAAGCCACUUGCUGAGCUUAUUACACUACAAGGAAGAGAGAUCUUGCAAAACACUGUUGAUCUGGUUCAGAAUAAUUUGAACUUAGAGGUUAUUUAUGGUGACACAGACUCCAUAAUGAUAUAUACUGGACUGGAUGACAUCUCCAGGGCAAAAGCAAUUGCAGGAAAGGUCAUUCAGGAGGUGAACAAGAAGUACCGUUGUCUGGAGAUUGAUCUUGAUGGUGUAUACAAACGAAUGUUGCUUCUCAAAAAGAAGAAAUAUGCUGCCAUUAAAGUGACACUAGAUGGUACUUUGCGAGAGAACAUUGAGCGCAAGGGACUUGAUAUGGUCAGACGUGAUUGGAGUUUGCUGUCAAAAGAAAUUGGAGACUUUUGCCUAAAUCAAAUUUUGUCUGGAGGGACAUGCGAUGAUGUUAUUGAGGCGAUACAUAAUUCUCUUGUCCAGGUACAAGAGCAGAUGAGAAAUGGUCAAAUAGAGCUUGAAAAAUAUAUCAUCACAAAGAGCCUAACGAAAGCGCCAGAAGAUUAUCCAGAUGCUAAAAACCAGCCUCAUGUCCAAGUUGCUUCAAGACUGAAGCAAAAUGGUUUCUCUGGGUGCUCUGCAGGUGAUACAGUUCCUUACAUUAUUUGCUCGCAACAGGACUCAGAUAAUACACAUUCUGGGGGAAUAGCUCAAAGGGCAAGACAUCCCGAUGAGCUAAAAAGAGACCCUAACAAGUGGAUGAUUGACAUUGACUACUAUUUGUCACAGCAGAUUCAUCCUGUUGUUUCUCGUCUGUGUGCUUCAAUCGAGGGUACUAGCCCAGCACGACUGGCUGAAUGUCUUGGACUUGAUUCAUCCAAGUUCCAAUCAAGAUCUAUUGGGUCUAGUGACCAAGACACUUCUACCACGCUCUUAUCUGUAAUUGACAAUGAAGAUGAGAGAUAUCGUGGCUGUGAGCAACUGCGCUUAUCAUGUCCAAGCUGUUCCAGUGCCUUCGAGUGCCCCCCUGUAUCUAGUCUGAUUGCUAGUCCAUCUGACCCAAAUGAAGGAAAAGACGCUAGUGUGAAUUUCUGGCGUCGGAUGCGGUGCCCAAAAUGUCCAGAUGACACUGAUGAGUGCAGAGUUUCUCCUGCUAUGCUCGCCAACCAGAUAAAAAGACAGGCUGAUAAUUUCAUCAAUCAGUACUAUAAGGGUUUACUGAUAUGUGAUGAUGAGGGUUGCAAAUAUUCAACUCAUACCGUGAACCUUAGAGUGAUUGGAGAUUCUGAGAGAGGAACCAUCUGCCCAAACUAUCCACAAUGCAACGGCCGUCUAGUAAGACAGUAUACAGAGGCAGAUCUAUACAGGCAAUUGUCCUACUUCUGCUAUGUACUUGAUGCAACCCGGUGUCUUCAGAAGUUGGACCAGAAGACUCGGCUUCCUUUUGAGAAAGAGUUUGCAAUAUUAAACCAAACCAUAAACUUGGCAUUUGUGGAGAUUCAGAAAAUCCGGGACAGAUGUGCAUUUGGAUGGGUGCAGUUGACAGAUCUAGCAGUGUCAAUCUGAUGAGCUACCGUUUGCUCUGAUCUCAAGCAUUUGUUGAACCGAGCUAGAAGCUCCUCAUGGGCCCGUGAGAUAGUGUUGCUGAAACUAAUCUCCUGUUGAGGUAAAAAAAGAACAUUAAACAAAGCGAAGACCUGGGCCACUAGCCCGUUUGAAGGGUUUUCCGGCCUGUGAAGGAUGGAGUUCCCCAGAGUAUGUUGCAUUUGAAUUCAAAUGUUCUAACAAGUGAAGACCAUCCUCAUUACCUUCGCUAGAUUUUCGCAGUGUAUAUUGUAUUGCAGUUGUAAAUAUGUUGCAUCCAUAAAUCUCAUGAUUAAUGUGGUAACAUACUUUGCAUACUAAAUGUAUCAUUCAUCCAGUUCA